GAGCGUGCGUGCAUCCGCGCACUCCGCUCCGCCGCAGUGUUUGCGCGUUUGCGGGGAGGGAAAAAUGGCGAAGAAGUGGUGAGAACCCGCCGUCCCUUGUAUACCUACUUAGUCGUUAUAGUUUUUUCGUUCCCUUCGCUUUUUGUCGAAAUGAACGGUUGUGAAACGGAGAGCCGGCCGAGACGCGCGGAGAAAGUCUCGUUGCUCGGCAAACGUCGACGCCGGUGAAAAGCGAGGUAUAAUGAUUGAUAAUCAUUGUAAUGGAACUGCUGGAAUUGAUCGCCUAGGAAGCUGAAGGUUUUGUAUUCCUUAUUCGUUGACCAACAGCAAUGAAUUACAUUUUAAAAGAAUUAUAUUAGGCUUGAAUUCCUCUUGGCAGACCAAAAAAAUGGAGGACUAUACACCAGUGGACGAGGAUUUUCCAGGACGGCUUCUGCACCAGGCUGCACUCUGGGACAAUGCGGAGCUUCUGGAAGAUCUGCUUAGAGGUGAACAUGCCCAGUAUAUCGACAGUCAGGACUCUUGGGGUCGCACAGCUCUUCACGCGGCCGCUAUAACCGAGAACUCGCGCUGUCUCGAGGUGCUGCUUCGAGCUGGUGCCAAUGCCGGUCUCGCUUGUGGUCCUCGAGGACAUUAUCGGAUUCCUCUGCAUAUUUGCGCUGAACAUGGGCAUGCAAUGAAUAUUGAGAAGUUGCUGGAGUACAGCGCAAAUUUGGAGGUGACGGACAGCGAUGGUCUUACUGCGUUGAGGCUUUGUGAAAGAAACGAGAAUGCGAGGUGCUGUGAUAUUCUGAAGUCGGCAGCUGAGAAGUUUGAGAAGGCACGACAAGACACCCAUGCAGCCUUGAGGGUAGCUAUUAUGCAGGCCGACAUCCCGGCAGCUCGAGCUAUAAUCCAGGGUCAGACGACUUCUGAUCUGGAAUACAUUGUGAACAUGGCGCCAAACGGUGCUAACACCCUGCUGUUUAUUGCCUGCGAGUCGGGUCAACGAGAGAUGGUGAAGAUGCUGCUGGACUACGGUGCUGACUGUACCAUACACCCGGUGACCAAGUACUGCCCGCUUUACAUCGCCUGCUACAAUGGCAAAAUUGAGAUCGUCGAGAUGCUACUGAGACAGUUUCCGAAACAAGUACAGGCAUUGACUGUGGAAAGGUGGCUACCAGUUCACGCGGCAGCUAUUAACGGGCAUUACGCGGUCAUUGAGCUACUGCUCAAAUUUGAGUAUCCACCAAAUCUUUAUCAAAGGGCUAAGGAUCCAACUGGAGAAUUUGAAUAUGAGAUGCCGUUUGACGUGAACACGCAGGACGUGACCGACCAGAACAUUCUCUACAUCUCGAGUGUACUUGGUAACAUCAAGAUCGUUGAACUGUUACUGAACUAUAAAGUGAAAGCUCGCAAUGUGAAAGAAGACGAAUCGGCGAAUGGUGCCGGUGCAGCGCAACCAUUGCCCGUGUCCAAGAGACGUAUAUCCAGCGGUAUUCAACGAUUGAUGUCCAGUCUAAAUUUUAUGGGUCGUUCGGGCGAAAAAAAAGACGAAAACCUGCUUUGCCCCUUGAAUCUUGAUCUUUAUUGCAAUAAUAAUAUGGAAACAGCUCUCCAUGCGGCAGUGAAAGCUAGGCAUACUGAUGUCGUUGCCGCACUAUUACAGGCUGGCGCAAACCCGAACCUCCCAGUAAAAGUACCUCGUGAGCAGAACGCCUCGGAGACAGUGUACACAACAGUGCUCGCUAUUGCAUGCCAAAACCGCGACGUCAAGAUAGCUGAACUGCUUCUGAAACACGGCGCGGUCGACAACGACUGCGCUGCUCUGAAGAUUGCUGCUCGCAACGGUGACGAGCUGCUUACGGCUAAGCUGCUCUCUAUUAAAGCUCAUCCCGACGCAGAAUAUAAGAUCAACAAGAAAGCCAUGACAGAAGGCUCGCAAACUUCCUCGCACUUCUCUGCAUUAUCGAAUUUUGGAAGUGUUACUUACUCGGCUCUAUUUCCCAGCACACCGACAAUGAUUAAUUGGCACGAUCAGCAGUGCCGGCUUUCGCAGAUCAGAUCACAGUGGUUAGUCGAUGCUGUACUGCACGUUAAUAAAAAACUGAGCGCAAAGAAUAAUGAGCUGAUCCUGUAUGCCAUCACGAGGAUUGAUAUAUCGCAAAAUUCUAUUACGUCGGUGCCGUCCACUAUUUUUUACCUACAGAGUCUUAGGUAUCUCAAUAUGGCGCAGAAUAAAAUUGAAGCUCUUACAGCCGAACCCAAAAACGCCAAAGACAAGUUAUGUCCAGUUCUCGAGGAGAUCUACUUGCAAGACAAUCGUCUUGAACAACUGCCUGAAUUCGUUAUGAACAUGCCGUCCCUGGAGAUCAUGGACAUCUCCAAUAAUAAGCUCCAAUGUCUGCCGGAUAAUCUGUGGCGCGCGCCUAAGCUGAAAGAGCUGAACGCUUCUUUUAACUUGCUGCGAGAUUUGCCAAGCCAGGUCUUUCAGAAUAUCGGUAGAAAGGGCAGAGAAGAUUCGUUGACAAGCAGUCCAAGCAGCCGAAAUCUGGCGACGCAAUUAACAUUGCCUAGAGAUGAGUCGGUUGAAUUCGAUUCAUACUUUUCUAAGAUCGCCAAUGCUAGGAUCGUAGAGAUGGAAAGGCCUUUCGUGUGGACCAAGUCUGUGCAAGUCAUGGAAAAAAUAUCAGAUGAUACGGAACAAACUGGCAAUAAAUCCGUGCUAGCAUCAUUGAAUCUUGCCCAUAAUCUUUUUAAUAGCAUCCCCGUAGCACUGCCCUGCCUAGCAGUAAGUCUUGUGAGACUGAAUAUGGCUUAUAAUUCGUUAAGAUCGAUGAGUCACAUUACUUCAUAUCCAGCAACUCUAAAACAGCUAGAUCUGUCUAAUAAUCAGAUAUCUUGUUGGCCAAGUCUACCGCAGGUCGAUGGUGCUGAUGAAAUGGAACAGGCAAAUACUGCAUGUUACUGUCCAUCUACUGGUGUGCAGUCUCCCGUAGGACCUACGAACCGACAAACCGCGACUUCCCUUCGUGACGUUGUUCUCAUGUCGGUUUGCAAUCAUCGUCGUCAUUUACGCUUGGAAAACUUGCGCACUCUUGUACUUGCCAAUAAUUUAUUAACGAGGAUACAGUUGACGUCGGUGGACGACGGUGAGUCUCCUUCCUUGGUAGAUGAUGACUCGGACAAAGAUUCUAAAUCCAGUCAUUCGACACCUAAGAUGUACCUCCUCUUUCCGAAUGUUAGCAUGCUUGAUGUGAGCAACAAUCAACUGAAGGAAAUACCGUCAAAUAUCUACGAGCUGAAUAAUCUGUCAGUUCUGAACGUCAGCGGUAACAGCGAUAUAACCGAGCUGCCACCACAAAUGGGCUUGCUGUCAAGAUUGUGGAAUCUUAAUACGCAGGGGUGCAAGUUACAAGAGCCUCUAAAGUCAAUGAUAGAGUCGAAAAAGUACAAGACGAUGGACGUCAUAGGAUAUUUGAAAUCAGUUCUAGAAGACGCAAAACCUUAUGCUAGAAUGAAACUCAUGAUAGUCGGUAUUCAAGGCAUAGGAAAAACGAGUUUACUCGAACAACUGCGCCAGGAGGGCGAGGUACCCAACAAAAAGAAAGCCUCAGAUCACUGGGCAAAACGCAUGGGUAACAAGAACAUAAAUUCGAAGACUGCUCGUGGUACUACGAUAUCCACUGUUGGCGUGGAUAUUGGUGACUGGCUUUAUGAGAAGAAAGUACGAGGUCAGUCUUCUCACGGACCUGUAUAUUUUCGUACGUGGGACUUUGGUGGCCAACGCGAAUACUACGUCACGCAUCAGUACUUUUUGUCCAAGCGUAGUUUGUAUCUCGUUGUAUGGCGCAUUAUCGAUGGGUUUAAGGGUGUUAAUGAGAUAUUUCAAUGGCUCGUAAACAUUCAGAGCCGAGCUCCCAAUUCACCCGUUAUUAUCGUAGGUACUCAUUACGAUAUAGCGUACGAACAAAGCGAAGCAUUGCAGCAGUAUAUCCGUGACAAGUUUAUCAACGUCGUGGAUGCCGAAAAAUGUGGGUUACCAAAAGUCAUGGAAACGAUCGAAAUCAGUUGCAAAACUAGACACAAUAUCAAAAUGCUUUGCAAUUUAAUCUACGAUGUAGUGUUUAGUCUGAGGUCACCUGGAUCAAAGGAGCUUUUGUUAGAGCAGAGAGUACCAGCAAGCUAUUUGGCUCUCGAAGAUGUUGUGGUUCAAUUAGCUCACGAAAGAAGACUAUGUGGAGCAGAUCCAGUCUUAAGAGCAGAUCAAUACUACUCGGCUGUUAGUAUUGAGUUGCAAAAAAUGCACAGAUCUUUCAGGGAUCCAGCAGAACUCCAUCAAGCUACAUUAUUUUUGCACGAGAACGGUAUUAUUCUUCACUAUGACGAUGCAACACUCAAAGAUUUAUACUUCUUAGAUCCUCAAUGGUUGUGCGAUAUGCUAGCGCACGUAGUUACUAUAAGAGAGAUUAAUCCAUUUGCAAGAUCGGGAAUCAUGAAACUAGAUGAUAUACAACACGUGUUUAAGUCAUCGACUAUUUCUACGGCAGAUACGCAAGGGUACAUAGUUAGUUUGCUGAAUAAGUUUGAAGUAGCUUUGACUUGGGACUAUAGAACUCUUUUGAUCCCGUCUUUACUACCUACCGAGGAAGAUCUUCUACGUAGCAACAUUACUAUAAAGAUUCCAGUGAAAUCGCGUGGCUGGCACAUGCGAACGAAGAUGAUAACAUCUCCGAUGGUCUCCUUUGGACAGACGUCUAGUGUUGACAAAUCUAGCACUAACACCGAAAGUGUGCUAACAUCUCGGCCACAGGCAGACUGCUCGAUUACACGCUUACUUCUAAUGUCCUACUUUCCUAGCGGUUUCUGGUCUCGUUUAAUCACCAGAAUUCUCGCAGACGAUAUGAUUGUCGAGAUCGUUAUGUCUUUUCUAACACCUUUCAAGGAUUUCGUCGACGACAAGAUUUUCGCUGCGCUGCUAGAAACUCAUGCCGAGUGGGUACUUUGGCAAACAGGCAUCGAGCUUCGUUAUGCUGGAAUUACUUUGCUUCGUCUCAAGGAGGUAAACUACAGUUUACGAAAUUCUCCGCACGACUACAGACAGCAUAAGUUUAAGUUAAAGCAGGAUGGUAUCUGGUGCAGCGUAGAUCUUAAAUCUUCAGCUAUACUUGAAAUUUGGUUCCCAGUGGACACACUGGUAAUCAAGCAACCAAUUCCCUCAACGGAUUCGGAUGACGAUGAAGAGCCAAUGGGUUACCAGGCUAUCGUAGUGGAACCUCAGCCUGAGAGUAUGCCGCAGCUUCUGGCAUUGAUCGUUGACCAUAUUGAUAUUUUGCUGGAGGAUUGGUACCCCACGCUGGGUACGAGGUUUGUGCAUACGUCAGAGGGAAAAUUACUGGUGACGAGGUUGAUUCCCUGCCCACGAUGCCUGAUUGAUAAUGGAGAGAAUGAGAAUGAAUCGUGCAAUGAUUCUGAGCAAUCUUCAGAAGAUAUACCAAGAUUCUAUAUGAACAAAGAGCGUCAAAGCCAAGAUAGUUACAAAUCUGAUGGUGACAGUGGUGUAGGCUACGAUAGUUCAACUUCUAGUCGUAUGCCAUCAUUCGAAGGUCAUCCUGACAUUCCUAAGAAUUUUUCGCAUUCGUCUGAAGAGAAGAUCGUCUACUCGUGGAUGGUAGAAGAGUGUAUUUUAUCAGCUUAUAGUAACAAGGCGAUCAGUUGUCCCAAACAUUCAGAUAUUUCGCUCUCACUGAUUGCACCAGAUAUAAUAUUCAUGGAUCUGGGUGCCAAGCAUCUUAUCAAGUCUGAUGAUAUCAAGCGAGGCAAAAUGCUUGGACGCGGUGCCUUCGGAUUUGUUUUUAAGGGUACGUGUAAGUUGCCGGGAAAAAAUCAGCGUGUAGAUGUUGCUAUGAAAAUGCUGCAACCAGUUCCACCAGGUCCUAACUCUAAGCAAUCAGCUGUACUAGCUUACAAAGCUGCCCAGAGCAAAUGGGAUAGAGAUCCUCUGCAAUAUGCUUGUAAGGCCUACUGCACUGCUCGACAGGAAUUGAACAUUCUGAUGACACUCAGGCAUCCGAAUAUCGUACCACUUAUUGGAAUUGUCAUAAGUCCACUUGCUCUGGUAUUGGAUUUGGCGCCGGAAGGUGCACUCAACAAUGCUUUGAAAAAUUACAGACGAUCAGGAGCUAAACUGGAUCCCUACACGCUGCAAGCUAUUAUUCUGCAGGUCGCAAAGGCUGUAGAGUAUCUCCAUCAACAACAUGUAAUAUACCGGGAUCUGAAAUCAGAGAAUGUCCUUGUAUGGCAGAUGCCACUACCUUUCCAGGACACCUAUCAUGAGCGUCCAGUUCACGUAAAAGUUGCGGAUUAUGGUAUCUCCCGACUCACACUACCUUCGGGAGCUAAGGGCUUUGGUGGUACUGAGGGUUUCAUGGCACCUGAGAUCAUCAAGUAUAAUGGCGAAGAAGAGUACACGGAGAAGGUCGACUCCUUUUCCUUCGGCAUGUUUAUCUACGAGCUGAUAACUCUGAGGCAGCCUUUUGAAGGCCAUGAAGCCGUUAAAGAAUGUAUUUUGGAAGGUGGCAGGCCACCAUUAACUUACACGGAAACACUGCAUCCCUGUUAUGCGCUAGAUUUAAUGGUUAUAUGCUGGGCUCAAAAUCCAAAGGACAGGCCCACGGCUAGUCAGAUCGUGUCGAUCGCCUCGGCGCCAGAGUUCACGCAUUUGAUUGAUGUUACUUUGCUAACAGAACGUACUCAGGUAACCGCAAUUACGAUGAUGAAUCGUCAACUGGAAGAAAACGUUAUAGGUAAUGAAAUCUGGCUUGGCCACAACAACGGAGAAGUGGACAUGCUAUUGAGUACGCAAAAGGGCUGGCUCCAACACGUUCGACUAGCUACUCCAGUGGUUCCUUAUGCUAUGUGCAGUGUGGAUGGCUACAUAUGGAUAGGCGACAACACCGGCCAGUUGCACAUCUACCUUGGUACAAACUUUGGCUGCGUUGGAAAUUUCCGACUCGAACCUGAUAUUCAAAAGGAAUCGCAAAUUGUGGCCCUCAUCUAUCUCGAGCAACUGAAAUACUUUGCUGUAGCACUGUACAGUGGCAAAAUAGUGCUAAUUGCUAAUUGCUUUACACAAUGUCGUAAAAUUGAUCUCGUUGAACCUUCAAAUGACAAUGUGAAAAUCUACUCUCUUGCAGCCGUCCCACGUAAACGACGUAUUCUCGAAUUGUGGGCUGGGCGUAGCUUUGGGCGCAUAUCAAUUUACACUCUCAAAGAUAGUACUCUUAUCGAAACUCAGGAGUUGGCUCACGUCAGUGGCGAGACAGCCAGUAAAAAUUUAUUCGCGACAUAUCUGACAAGUGCUGAUAACUCAGUGCUAAGUUAUACGUAUCCGGGUUGUAUUGUGUAUCAAUGGGAUCUUGAUACGAAACAGAUCGUCAACAAGUUAGAUAUGUCUAAGUUGGUGCCUUGUUCAGAAAGUCUUAAAUCGAUAUCAAUUGAGGAAAACCUCACAACUGAAAAGUGCCAAGUAACUGCGUUAGAAACAUGCAUGAACCAGUUGUAUAUAGGAACGACGUGGGGUUGUAUCGUAGUAGCGGAGUGUAAUUCACUUCGACCCAUUACGGUUUUUAGACCAUUUGAAGGAAAAGUUUCACAAAUCAUUUCUUUUAAAUCACCCGAUAAAAAGAAGCAGAUCAUGACGACAGUAGGUCAAGGUUAUAGAAGUUUAAUUUCAAGGUAUACAGAUUUCCCGAUCGAUUGUUUAGAAGCUGAAGAUUUGCAACACAAUAUGUAUACAUUGCUCUGGAGAUCAGAGCAUUGGUCUGCUGCGUAAAAUGCUAAUCAAUUGAUGAACAGUUUCUUGGGCAAUCGUUUUGGAAGAGGUGAUUUUUCAUCAUUUAUUAAUAGAAUAUUCACUUAGUAGACAGCGUGAGUAUUUAAGAGAGAAUAACUUUUUUCCAAAGCUUUUUGUUUUGGAAUAACGCAUGGCAUUUUUAAUUAUUGAUGAUUAAUGACCAUGGUAGGAUAUUAUUUUAUCAAAUUCGUUAUUUAAAAAUCAAUGUAGGUUUUAGAACGUAUAAGUUAAGAGGCCAGUUUCAAUGAUAAUAAUCAACGAAGCGCUGUUAGAAAGUAGAUUUUUACAGUCUCAUUGUAAACGCAAUGUUGAAGGAAGAUUAUUUUCUUAUAAGCUGCAGAUUUUUUAUAGAAAACAAAGUUAAAAUUCGAACGUUCAGCCCAAAUGUUUCAAAGAAUACCGGAUAUUCUUUAAUUAUGGACGUACAAUACGUGAAUUUUUACUUUUACAAAUCACUUUCUUGUAUAAGCGUGCUUUAUGCUUAAUAAUUUAAUUUGAGUAGCUUACCGAUUUUUGCUAGUUAUUAUAAAAUAAGGCAGCUUGCUUGAGAAUUUGAGAUAUUAUGGAAGUUUGUGGUAAAAGAUUUACUAUUUUGUUAAGCUUUUUGUCCUGUGUUUUAUAGAGUCUUAUAUACUGUCAUUGCGAUCUCGAUAUGAUGAUUAUGUGGUUUUAUUGUUUGAAAAAUAGUCUCUUGGAAAUAUUAAUAUUAAUGCAUUUAUGAAUGUUCUGAAAAUUCCGCAUACUCAGGUAAUCAUCUUUUGCUACAUUUAAAAUGAAUGUAAUAAGCUUUCCUUUUUUAGAAUUAUAAGUAAUACAACUUGCGUCCUGAUAUAUUUUAAAAAUAUAAAAUGUGAUAAGUGAAUUUUUUCGUGUGAUCGAUGUGAGUUUACAGAACUUGAUUUAUUUGUUUCGAAAUGUUCGUCUUGUAAAUAACUUGAAAAACGAGCCAAAAACUUUAAAGCUAAUAUUGUUAUAUUAGGUUGUAUAUGCUUCAGGUAUAUUUCCCGAGUUUAAUAAUUCGCUAGAACUUGUUUCUUUAAUUUACGAAACUUACCGUGCUACAUUAAAGCGAGCUUUUUAAAACUAAUGACAGUAUAAUAAUAAUGGUCUUGCAUAAAAUCAAAUAUUUUUCCCAUGAUAAGACUAUGAAAGUAAUUAAAGCAAUAAUAUGAUCCUUUUACAGCAAAAUGAUAUUACAAUUUUUUUAUUAUAUAUAUUGGAUGAUAUUAUAAUUACUGUACAGACUAUCUGUAAAACUAGUCGACUCCUUUUAAUUAAAAUAUUAAAAAUAAUAAUCUAUUUUAGAAUUUA